CGUGCCCCCCGAGAAAGAUAUUCCCGAAGAUGGGACGAUCAGACAUGUUGAACGGAAUCCAGAGGCGGAGAUCCCAAGAGAGACAUGGGGGAAGAAGAUGGAUUAUCUCCUGUCUAUUAUAGGAUACGCUGUCGACUUGGCCAAUGUAUGGAGGUUCCCAUACCUCUGUUACAAAAACGGCGGAGGGGCGUUUCUCAUCCCUUACUUCUCUAUUCUGAUCCUCGGCGCCAUGCCCGUGUUUUUUCUCGAGAUGUGCCUCGGCCAGUUCAACAGGCAGGGGCCAAUCUCCGUCUGGAAAAUAGCCCCCAUGUUUAAAGGUAUUGGCAUGGCGUCCUGCUUCAUCGCCUACAUCGUCGCCUUCUACUACAACAUCAUCAUCGGCUGGAGCGUCUUCUUCCUCUUCUCGUCGUUCACGGGCACGCUGCCUUGGACGAGCUGCUACAACGACUGGAACAGCGACAACUGCUGGCAGGUCGACUGGAUGCAGAACGACACCAGCCACAACACCACCUACAACACCAACACAUCCGUGUCCUCCACCGUGGAAUUCUUUGAGAGAGGCGUGCUUGCCCUUCAUCAGAGUUCCGGAAUCAACGACCUUGGCCCGGUGAGAUGGCAGCUGGCACUCUGUACGUUUGUCACCUUUACGGUUCUCUAUCUGUGUCUGUGGAAAGGAGUCAAAAGUACUGGGAAGGUUGUGUGGGUGACGGCCACAAUGCCCUACGUGAUCAUGUCGAUUCUUCUAGUACGAGGCGCCAUGUUGCCCGGGGCGGCAGACGGAGUGAAAUACUUCAUAACCCCGGACCUCGCCAGACUGGCCGACCCAAAGGUUUGGAUAGAUGCUGCAAUACAGAUCAUGUUUUCAGUGGGAGCAGGAUUCGGAUCCCAUAUAGCGUAUGCCAGCUAUAACAAAUUUCACAACAACUGCUACAGGGAUUGUUUGAUCACUGUUGCUGUCAACAGUUUCACCAGUCUGUUUUCUGGCUUUGUCAUCUUCUCCUAUCUUGGCUACAUGUCUCUAAAAACUCAUAAGCCCAUUGACCAGGUGGCUACAGAAGGGCCUGGUCUGGUGUUUAUCGUGUACCCCGAGGCGAUCGCCACGCUGCCUGGCUCCACGGGAUGGGCCGUCAUCUUCUUUUUCAUGCUCAUCUCUCUCGGAGUCGACAGCGCUGGUGGAAUGUAUGUGUUCACCUUGCUCGACGCAUUUGCUGCUGGAACAUCCAUACUGUUUGUCGUUCUGUGCCAGGUGGUGGCAGUGUCCUGGUUUUAUGGUAUAAAUCAGUUCUGUGACGACAUUGAAAAGAUGACGGGAACACGACCUAACCUGUACUGGAGAAUCUGCUGGAAAUUUAUCAGUCCCGCACUACUUCUGAUUAUCGUGAUUUCGAGCAUUGCAUCGUAUUCCCCACUAGUGUACAUCUCAGCAGACGUCUUCUAUAAAUAUCCACCAUACGCCAACGCGAUUGGUUGGUGCAUAGGGCUGUGCUCCAUGCUCAUGAUUCCCGGAUAUGCUAUUUAUAAACUAGCCAUAACGCCUGGAACAAUGAAAGAACGGUUUGCUCUGUGCAUUUCACCCGAAUGGGAGCAUGAAGAAAUACUUCAGAAAAAAUAUGUUAAAAGAUUUCAAAAAGACCACUGGCUCAGCAUUUGAGGAUUAUUACCCUCAGCCUGGCAGAACGAAGACGUCCGUGGAACCAGUUACAGAAUUAAAUCUUAGUAGUUAACGACUGUUUACCAAGGAUAGUCAGAUCAGACUAGAAGUCUAGAACCAUCACUUCAGUGAUCACAAGAUGUAGAUAGUUUAAUUGAAAUGGCCUAGGAUGACCCAAGUGCCCCAUAAACACACACACACAUUCACGCACACACACACACACACACACGCAAACACACACACACACACACACACACACACAACACAGCACAGCACAUACACACGCGUGUGCGCGUGAUCCCCACCCCCCCCCCUCUCUCUCUCUCUCUCGCUCUCUCUCUCUCUCUCACGCACACACGCACGCACUUUCACUUAAAGGUGGAAAUAAGCGAAAUUCUAAGACUACUCUCAUUUUUGUAAAAAGUGCACAUAACCAGUUCUGGUUGUCACAGUCAACCCUCGAUAUUGUUAUCAUUUUCGGAUACUUGGAUAAUAACCUGGAUUUUGAAGUACACUCUCCGUGUUAUUAUUCUAAGUAGACUGGUGAAUGUUCGGGAAGUAUGUGUAUUAGAAAGUAGUCUCAUAAUAAUACACUAUAAAUAGAACCAUCGAUAUCUGGUGGGGCAAUGCAUACGAUGAAAAUUCUCCUGAGGCAGUGUAUUCCAUGUCUUUCCCACCUAUGAAUUUUUAAAUGCUAGGAUCAGACUACCAACUACCACGACGAAGUUGGCCAACUCGCCGAUCUCACGACUUUUACGACUGUCCAGUUGCUAGUCUGAGCGCUCUUACAAUUCGAUUCUCGUCGUGUACAGCUCCUACGACCUAUUGGUUGUUAAUCUGAGUGUACCCGUCGAAAGUGGUAGAACUUAAAAUGCAACUGUCGAGUUGGCCAACUACGUCAUGACAGUUGAUAGUCUAACACUAGCAUUAUGUGACGCAAAUCCUAACAUCUCCAUUGGGGUAAAAAUUUUUUAUUAAAACACCGAUAUAUUCGUGACAUACCAGCGUUACAACACAGAAUUACUGUCGUCAUAUUUGUUAUAAUUGCAUUUGAAUCAUCCACUACCACUUAUUACUUGUGUGUAUGAUUUAACUACAGAAUUAGUAUUGACGAGCUUGUAUUAUAACAUUAUUAGAACGUUGUAUAUAUAAUUAAAUUAUUGGAUACGAAGACACUAGUUAGUAGUAUAUAGUAUUAUAAUUACAUAGAUAGAAAUGUUUUAACAAGAUAAUGAUACAGUACUGGAAUCCUUUGUCACCCCAUCAUUUCAUUUCCAUGUCAUACUGGCCUAGGAGAAUUGAAAAUCUGCGUGACCCAUUUAUCGGUUACGCAGAAAUACAUCCAGGUAACCCAUUUUUUGCGUAGCUUUUAUAUUCAAGUAAAUGGUGAUCCAAAUUUCGCGCGAACAAAAAAAAAAAAAAACGUUAUGCCAAAUUAGAUUCGCGAGAGCAACGCACGAACGAAAGAAUCGUUCUUGCUAUUUUUAAAGGCCUGUCGUGUGUAUCGUGUUCUUGUUUAUAUGAUUGUGUAUCACAGUUAUAAGUUUUUUUCUAUAUCAUACGGAACAACAAAUGAAACGCAAAAAAAGGUGAUAAAAUUAACAAAAUUAAAUGUUCACACAUUGAUAAUUAUAAUAGACACAAAAAACUAAUUUGAAUAAUUUUAAAGAAAUUUAAGAAAACUAAAUUAGUAUUCGUGUUUUAUUUUUUGUUGAGUAUAUUUGUUUUUAAAAAGAAGAAAAAGAAAACACGACUGUAUAUUGCGUAUAAUAUUGGGUCAAAUUUAAAUGAUUCUUUAGUUUAUCAUACAUCUUUGAAAACUGACACUGAAUGGUAUCCAUGUACACGAAUUGGUAAGAUGGCUGCAUCUUCCAAGUCACGAGAUGGUAGUAUUUAUUUCAUGACCAAUCCUGAUUCUUUCACAGAAUUCCAUUAUAAUGGCAUUAUUAUCGUCAACAUUAUCAUCAUCGUGUUCACAAUUACGUUUGUAAUGAAACGACCGAAAACAGAUGACAUCGUUGUACAGCAAUUUAGUUUUUUUUUUUUUACUAUUUGGUUGUUGUGAUGGUGGUGUCAUUUUGAAAUACCAUCUUGGCCAUAGCAGUCUCAGUACAUUUGUAUAUGUGUGAUAUCCAGUAAUUGUAGAUACGACAUUCUAAGCGGUAGGCCAAUGUCGUGUAGGAUAAAGUAUUAAACUUUGUACCAAUAUCUAUAUUAUUAUGUGAACACGUGUUUUUAUUAUCAGCAUAGUGUACUUUAUGUAUUGUUUUGUAAUUGUCAAAAUAAACUAUACCAAAAUCA